AACUAAACUAAAAUAAGCACCAUGUAAUUCUCUCGCAUACUACUACUGUAAAUACAUUUUUUCCAAUUUUUACCAUCCAUUAUAAUUUUUUUUAGUAGAAUAAGUCUCACGAAGAUGAUGCAUAUGUAUUGAAUAUUGAAAAUGGUAUUUCAGAAGCAUUUCUGCUGUUGCUGUUGUAUUCGUGUAAAUACGAGCAUUACUAUGGACAUGCCGAUAAUAGGGGUGGAUUAUGCAACGGUCGCAGAUCUUUCAAAAUCAAGUGCUUGCAAGUGUACGAGAAAAUGGAAUAGCUUCUUUUAACGAG